AUGAUCCUGCUUCUCAAAGUAUUCAUCUACCAUCUCAAGGCGAUGAGAACACACGUAGACCUGAUUCAAGGCGACAUCACCGAUGUCGAGGACGUACGACGAGCCUUCGCCUCUACCAAGAAGCCGGUCGGCGGAAUUAUCCAAGGUGCGAUGGUUUUGCGAGACAAAAUGUUCUCCAGGAUGACGCCGGAUGAGUUCCGGAUGCCCAUCGAUCCCAAGGUAGUCGGAACCUGGAACCUGCACAACCUGGCCAUAGAGCACAACCUCAAGCUGGACCUCUUCACUCUCCUGUCCAGUGUGAGUGGUGUCGUCGGUCAAAGGGCCCAAGCCAACUACAGUGCUGGUAACGUCUUUCAGGACUCGUUUGCAGUCUACCGACAUUCCCUUGGUCUCCCAGCAUGCUCUGUGGAUUUGGGAGUGAUUGAGGAUGUAGGAUACUUCACAGACCGCGACAAUCUCAGUCGUGGAUUGAAAUCGCAGGGCUGGACACCCAUAAAUGAAGCUCUCUUGUACAAAAUCUUACGCUUUUCGAUGCUCCAACAGACAGGAUUGCCGAUCAACCCCGAUACCAUCUCACAGCUCAUCACCGGUAUCCCCGUCCCUCUCGUUCCCACUGCACCUAUGUAA